UGCGAGUCUAGAAAUGUGAAAUAUAACCGGCCCAAAAACAUAGAUAAUCGUAGUCCCGAACGCCAGGGUUUUUCCAGUUCAUCAACAUAGUCCUUGCAGGCGUAAAGAUGAACUAAGAGGUUUCAACUCCGGCGUGGAAGAGUAGCUGGAAGCAGGAGUUUUCACUGCGUUCACUUGAAGCUUAGGCAAAAUCAUGGCUGAAGAGGAAGUCCAGAAUGACAUAAAGGAGGAAUCGAAGGAUGAAAUUGCGGAUAUUGCUUCAUUUGACCCUACAAAAAAGAAAAAGAAGAAAAAGGUUGUCAUCCAAGAUCCUGCAGAUGAAUCCGUUGAUAGCUUAGCUGAAAAAACUGAAAGUUUGUCAGUUUCAGAAGUUGGUGAGACCUCGUUUUCUGGAAAGAAGAAGAAGAAGAAAUCUGUACACACUGAUCUUUUGAAUGAUGAGACAGAUAAUGCAGUGGAUGAAAUAGAUGAUCACUUUGGGGACGAUGAGGAAGCUGAAGAAAUUGUUCUCCACCGCUAUCCAUGGGAAGGAAGUGACAGGGAUUAUGAAUAUGAGGAGCUUUUAGGUCGAGUGUUCAAUAUACUUCGUGAAAAUAAUCCUGAGCUUGCUGGGGACAGGCGUAGAACAGUAAUGAGGCCUCCCCAAGUCCUUCGUGAAGGCACAAAGAAGACCGUCUUUGUUAAUUUCAUGGAUCUUUGCAAAACGAUGCAUCGGCAGCCAGAGCAUGUCAUGACUUUCUUGUUGGCUGAAAUGGGGACUAGUGGAUCGCUUGAUGGGCAGCAACGAUUGGUCAUCAAGGGAAGAUUUGCUCCAAAGAAUUUUGAAGGGAUCCUACGUCGAUACGUUAAUGAAUAUGUUAUUUGCAAUGGCUGCAAAAGUCCAGACACCAUUCUGUCAAAGGAGAACCGGCUUUUCUUCCUUAGAUGUGAAAAGUGUGGUUCUGGAAGAUCAGUUGCACAGAUCAAAGCUGGUUUUGUUGCACGUGUUGGACGUCGGAAAGCUGGAGCAUAAGCUGAUCUUAUAUUGUGUUCCUGGAAUAUAUAUAUAUAUAUAUUUCUAAUAUUUCUGAAAGCCUGAAGUAUGCUUAAUCCUACCCGUAGUCCGACUCAUCUUGAAUUGUUUGUGGAAUUUUGGAUACAUUUGCUUAUAAAACUCAUUCACUUAAUGUGCGUUUGUUUUGGUAUUUUGUAGACUUCGAUUUUUGCCCUUAACAAAACUCAUGUGUGCCUGAUCUCUGUAUGGUUAUAUCUUAUUUCAGAUCAAUUAAAGAUUUAGUACACUCAUUUAGUUGAAUGAAAAUGGCAC